AUGUCUUUAAACAAUGAUCCAUUUUAUAAUAAUCGCUUAUAUAAAUUACUUUCUAAUCGACGAAUGUAUUCAAUCGAACUUUUACAACAACUCAAUUCAUUACUUCAUGAAGAGCCUGAAUUAGCUACAUUCAAUCAUCCGAAAGAAGGUUCAUAUUUUCACAUUAUUUGUCGAAAUUCAAAUGGUCAAGAAAACGCCUUUCGAAUGAUUUAUGCAUUGAGUAAUGCUGGUGCCGAUCCCAAUGUAACAGAUGCUAAGGGAAAAGCUAUUGAGAAAAUAGCAAUAUGUAUCUGUUUGUAUACAACAAAUAUUUCUGUUGAGGCUUUAUUUCGUGUUGGAGCUGAUCCACGUAUUGUUAAUGAUGAAGGCAAAACAGCAAAUGCUUAUAUUAAAAAUAAUCCACAAUUAGCAGCUUUAUAUAAAGGUUAUGGUGAAGGUAUAUGGGCGGCUAUAGAAGUAAGUAAUAUACAAGAAACAGAACGAUUAAUUAAAGGUUUUAUUAAAGUCGAUUGUAAAUAUAAUUCAAAUAAAUCAUUAUUAGAUAAAGCACGUGAUCUUAAUUGUACAUCAAUUCUUAAUAUUCUUGCUGAUUAUCAAGUAACAAAUGAAUUUCUUCAUUCAAUAUUAGCAUGUGAUUGGAAUCGAACAUCAAUUAUAUAUGAAUAUGACAAUAAAUUUUUAAAAUUAAAUUCAUUUGAUUCUAUUCAUAGAUUAACAUGUAUUCGAACAUGUUCAAAAUCAUUAUUAGAAUAUUGUCUUAAUACAUAUUCAUCUAAACCAUUUGAAAUUUUAUUUAAUAAUUCUUCAAUAAUAAAUAUUGAUGUUAAUAUAUUAUGUACGGAUGGUUUACCAGUUUUUUUUCAUUGUUUUAAUGAUUUUAUUUCAAAUAAUAUACGAAAAAUUAUUUUAUUAAAUUCCAAUAUGUAUAUAAAAUCAUCAAAAGGUGAAACAUUUUUAUUUUAUCUUAUUUAUUUAUAUACGAAAAACGAAAAUCAAGAAUAUUUAAAUCUUUUUCUAAAUAUUCUCUAUCAUUAUCCAUUACUUCUUACUCAACGUAAUCAACAAGAACAAACUAUAAUUGAAUAUAUUGAAUUUACAACAUCAAUAGAAAUUUAUAAUAAAUUAAGACCAUUUUAUAAUGCGAUUAUGAAUGUAUUAAUAAGACAAUUAAAGAAAAAAUUCAUUAUUAAACAAUUUAUUUUAAAUCAUUUUGGUUAUUAUUUAUUAAUAUUUUUUCAAAAUAAAAAUUUACAAAUGACAAAAUAUGUUUACAAUCUAUUAUGUUCAUUAAAAUUAUAUAAAGGUUUACCUGUUUUAAUAACAGAUUUGAAACAAUCUAUUACGGAUGAUAAUUUUAUGAAAUUAAAAAAUAUUUUUAAAAUCGAACCGAAUAUUUUUUAUACGAAAGAUUCAUUUGGAAGAACAUGUGCACAUUUAGCGGUACUUCAUCAAAGAUAUAUUAUUUUAAAAUUCAUUUGUGAUAAUUGUAAUGAUGUAAUCAAUGCAGGAGACAAUCUUAAUCGUACAUGUUACCAUUAUGCAUGUAUAAUGGAUGAUAAAAAAUCUAUCGAAAUUCUUGAACAAUCUAAUGGCAAACAAAUUAUUGAUUGUAUGAAUUUCUAUCCAAAUGAUUAUUUACUUAAUCGUGAUUUAUGUUGCGAAGAAUUUCACGCUCAAGGUUUUCCAACACAUGAAUUAGAAAAAAAAUCAUCAGUAAUUAGUAAUUAUUUAAAAUUAGCUUUUUAUUCAAGUUUAAAAAAAGCUAUUGAAAAUAAUUCUAUUGAAGAUAUUAAAUUAAUUAAUAAUAAAAUCAUUCAAAUGGGUUUUCAUCUUAAAGAUUUUAAUCCAAAUUCAUCUUUAAAUGAUUAUAUUCAAGGUCAACGUUAUAUUCCAUUAUUAUUUCUUGCACUUGAACAUCGUUCAAUUGCAUCAAUAAAAUGUUUAAUUGAAUUAGGUAUACCAUUAAUAGGUCAAAUGUAUAAAUCCAAAACUACUAUGAAUCAAAAUUCUGGAUUGAUAUCAUUGUGUAUACGAUCGGAAAAACCGCAAUGUAUUGAUAUUACUGAUAUAAUCAAUAAUUUAGAAGAUGAUAUUGAAUUAAAAGAUCUUUUUAAACAAUAUUUAGUACUAAUCGAAACAAAAU